AUGUGGAGCAGGCCCUUCGUCAGAACCAUGAGAAGCCCGUGGGCCUGGCUACGAAGGGGCUGCAGGACCUGCUUCGGAGGAAGCGGCGUAAGGAGAAGCAGGUGGAGGCGGCCACAGGACGAGUGGCAGCUGCGCAAGAGGCUCUGCAACAGGCUCAGAAGGCCUUCGAGGAGGAGUCCGCCCAGCUGGCCCAGCAUCGUGGAUCUUUAAAGGAGCUGGAAUCCCACGUCCAGCGAGCCAAGGCGGCCGACGUACUCCCAGAUCCACCUGAAGGGACGGUCGAGCCCCAGCAUGAGAUCGCGAUGCUAGACGUUUUGGAGAAGUGUCUGCAGAAGUACGGGGACAUAUUCGGCAUCAACACCGACGCCGCCCGCAAAGCUGCAGCGGCUAAGAAGAAGGAGCUCGACUCCAAGAUCCCCGAGCCGAUGGGCACCACACGUUGCGACAUCGCCGGCCCCGACAAGUGCAAGCGGCUGCGCGAGAGCCUGGGCUCCCACGCCAAGAAGGCGAACGAGACUGGGCGCUGGCAGGGCCGGCGCCGAUUGGCAAGCGCGACAUCUGUUUGUGGACGGCCAACGUUGCUGGAGUGGGCGCAGGAGAGUCCUGGGCGCACUUGGCCGGGCGUGGUCUGCAUGCAGGAGCGCAGGCUCAACAGCGACAUCGCGCUGGGCUCAGCGAAGCGUUGGGCGGAGCGGCGAUCCUUCAGCUGGUUCGGGCGGGCAGCUGAAUCGACGGGCGAGGGCGUGCUCCACCCCGACGGGGGCGGAACCGCCCCGAGCAGCCUGGCGGCCAUGAGGGAUCCAGGACUGGUGCGUGAGAAGCUCCCCGCUCACAGGUCCGAAGCGGUGAGACUCAACGUCGGUAUCCUUGUGCCGCUCCGCGCGAUCGGCCUCUACCUCGUGGCGGGGAUCGGUCUAGCGAGAGAGAACGUUCUGAUCCUCAGUCAGUUGCUGGAGCAUGUUGGCUCGUUUCCAGGGCCAUGGGUCGUCCUGGGCGACUUGAACAUGGGGCCAGAUGUCCCGGUCGAGUGGAUGGCCAAGGCAGGGGGUGUGCUGCUGCCGCCUUCGGCUCUGACGCGUGGCGGGCGCGUGCUCGACUUUGGCGUCUGUUCCAGGAUCAUGAGCAUAUUCGCCCAGUCGGUGGCGCCGAUUGAGGGCGCGACGCUGCAGGCCCACAUUCCAGCGCAGGUGCGUCUGAGGGGCCUCGGAGCCGAG